AUGCAACCGUUUAUUUCUAGUCUCACCUGCCGUCAACGCCAUCUCAAAUGUGACAAGACUGGGUCCUCGUGCUUGCGAUGCCAGCGAUCGGGGCGACAGUGUAUCCCGGCACCUACGAAGACAGAAGUGGUCACAUUUCGACACGGUCAGAACCCGUCACUGCGGCCAAGGGGCCCUCCCCGUUACGGCGAGAGCGAUCUCGCAUUUCCCACCGAUCAGGUAUGGGUCGGGAUGCCUGCUCAUGUUUCCUUCGAAGACGAAACAGACCGUACAGCCGCCGACUAUCACGUCAUUCCAGUAAACGCCUCCGCAGUUUCCAGGAAGCCCGCAUCCAAACGUCGGUCCUUGGCCUCCAUGGCAGCGUCGACAUCGUCGCAUGCCCUGCAUCCUGUGCUUUCCCCAAAUGACGCGACCCCAUCCAGAUCUUUUCCGGUGCAGCAACUCGACCCUGUCAAUCUACCUUUCGCAUUCGAUGAACUUGGCGACUUACAGAAAGUGAAGAGUUUUAACGAGGCUUUCCUCCUUCGACACUUCCGGAAAACGCUCGGCCCAUGGUUGGAUGUUUGCGAUCAUGAGAGACAUUUCUCAUUGGAUGUGGUUGAACGGGCGCCCGCAAAUCCCCUCCUACUAUACGCAUGCCUAGCCAUAGCAGCCCGUCAUCUCUCCCACACGAAUCAUACCAUUCCCCCGAAUACUGCGGACGAAUAUCAUGAGCGAUGCAUCGGGAUACUCCUCCCUCUUCUGGAAAAUAGGGAGGUCGAGAUCAGUAUUGAUAUACUUCUUGCCUCGACCGUUAUACUGCGCUUCUUUGAGCAGAUUUCCUCUCAUAGCCCAUCGAAUGACCUUCAGCGGCAUCUCCUAGCCGGUUCGGUCUAUAUCAGCUCUCAACUCGAAUGCGCCACUUCAGGUGGGCUUGCGGAAGCUUCGUUCUGGGUUUUUGUGAUGCAAGAUAUCCAGUUCGCAUUGGCCUAUCAGAAACCCCUGCGAUUGACGCUGAGCCCGUUUGGAGAAAGGCUGUAUCACUUGUGGGAACACACAUCGACCCAAACAGAUCGAGAUUGGACGCAUAGGGCCAUUUGGCUUCUAGCAGAAACGAUCAACCACUGCUACGGCGUCAACCAAUCACUGCAUAUCGAGGUAAUCAGUUUGGUAGCCCUGAAACAAAGGAUUCACGCCUGGGAUAUAGGAAAGCCAGACAGCUUUCGACCGUUGCAUUACUCGGUCGCAGACCCAAGAAUUGGGAGACCAUUUCCCGUGGUUUGGUUCACCAAGUCACUACAUGCUACUGCAGUACAGCAUAUUUGCAUGGCCAAGGCUCUGAUCCAGCAGCAAGAACUCAGGGCCUUUUACUCGGCUCCUAGUCCACGGCAAGGCAUCCAGAUGAUCGAGGGAAGCCUGAUGCGGAGUCUAGGCAUCCUCUUUGGAAUCGCUCUGUCAGUUGACGAUGAUAUAUCUCUGCGCAUCAUGGCAUGCCACGCACUGUGUGCUUGUGGCUCAUGGAUCCGUGACCCUCUAGCGCAAACAUGCCUGCUAGACCUUCUGCGAAGAACCGAGGCUGAGAAUGGCUGGCCAUGGACAUUUAUGGUUCAAAAACUGAGCCACAAUUGGCGUCUGGCGGUAAGAUAGGUGGAGGGAUUGAGUUCGUCGAAAUUAUUCAGUAGGGUCCACUCGGCCAUGCCUCGAUAUUGUUGGGAUGAUUUGCAGUUGCUCCAAUGAUUCCCAUUUCUGCGCAGCUGCCUCCCGCAAGGCUUGACCGCCGUUUCCUACUCAAUAAUCCGGUGGCUCGCUACGAAUUUUGAUCUGCGGGUGGAGAAUGGCUGUCCGCAGGCCGGAUCCAGCCCGUGCCAGCCUG